AUUAUAGUUUGGUCUGUUGCUGUUUUUGAUUCUGUUUUCUUUUCGUUGGCGCUGUUGUUUGUUUCUUCGAAGUAAUUUUGUAUAAAAUUAAGUAAAUUGACUAAAAAGGUGAUCAUGGCUGAUCCCAAUAGAGGCAGAGGCCGAGGACUGGCAUUGCUACAGGCCCUGAAGAAGACACAAAUGAUUGAGACACCACCAUCGUCAGAUGAUCCUUCGCCAGAAGCCACCCCUGGUCCCAGUGUGGUGCCUAGUGUUGUGAGUUCAGAUGCAGGAACAGUAACUACAAUUGGUGGCAGAGGUCGCAUAGCAGCUUUAAUGCUUUCUAAGAUGCAGCAAAAGCCUGGAGACAUUCCAUUUGUUCCUGCUACUGACGUGAGUCCUAGUCAACAAUCCGCCCCAAGAGGCGCUGGCCGCGGCAUCAAACUAUUACAGACUCUGCAAGCUACAAAAUCAGCAGAAAAGGCGAAGGCUGAUGUUCGACAAGUGACAAAAAAGAUGGCGGAAAGUACAAUUUCAUCUACUAUACAGUCAUCAAGUGUUGCUAAAAACAAAUACUUUAGAGAAGUAAAGGAAACCCCUCCAGUAGUUAUGAAAGGAGAGACAGGUACACCAUUGGAUUGUACAGCCAAUUAUAUAUAUUUGAACUUUGAAGAAAAUAAUGUUUACGAAUAUGAGGUUAAGUAUGAACCAGAUCAGGAUUACAAACAUCUCCGUUUUAAAUUACUUAAUGAACACAAUCACUAUUUUAAAGAGAAAACAUUCGAUGGCAGUACGCUUUACGUGCCACACAUGUUGCCAGAUGAAGCUACUCAUUUAGUAUCCACAAAUCCAUAUGAUAACACCAAAGUACAAAUAUCUAUAAUAUUUAGAAGAACUCGUCGCUUGAGCGAGAUGAUACACAUAUACAAUGUUCUGUUUAAACACAUAAUGAAGGAUUUGCAACUGGUGAGGUUUGGCAGGCAACACUUCAACGAACACGCCGCUAUUCAGAUACCGCAGUACAAAUUAGAAGUUUGGCCUGGAUAUGUAACUGCAGUUGAUGAAUAUGAAGGCGGCCUAAUGUUAACAUUGGACUCCACUCAUCGUGUUCUUCGAACGCAAUCAGUAUUAUCCUUCAUUAGAGAGACGGUCCAACAAGAAGGGGCUAAUUGGAAGAAGGCCUUGUCAGAAAGGCUUAUUGGUUGUUCUGUCAUGACAACAUAUAACAAGAAACUGUUUAGAGUAGAUAGUAUUGAUGAUACAAUGACUCCAAGGUCAACAUUUGAGAAAAAUGAGAAAGGUGAAAUGGUCAAGAUAUCUUAUAUUGAUUAUUAUAAAAAGAACUAUGGCAUUGAUAUUGAAGAUUGGGAUCAACCAAUGCUGAUUUCAAGAGAUACAAAGCACAUGCCAGGAUCAGAAGCUCCGACUGACUUCAUGAUCUGUCUUGUUCCUGAAUUAUGUCAGUUGACUGGUCUGACUGACGAUCAACGUAGUAAUUUUAGAUUAAUGAAAGAUGUGGCAACAUACACAAGGAUCACACCAAAUCAGAGACAUGCUGCUUUUAAAAAGUUCAUACAAAAUGUACUUGCCAAUGAAACAGCUAAACAAAGAUUAUCCGGUUGGGGUCUGAGCAUCGCGAAAGAGACCAUCAAUAUUACUGCCAGAACAUUACCACCGGAACCGUUAUAUUUUGGUAACAACGUGAAAAUACCCGGAAAGCCGAAUGCCGACUGGAAUGGUGAUGUAACGAGGAAUGGGGUAAUGCAAGCCAUCGAUAUGAUCAAUUGGGCUUUGUUGUUCACAGAUCGGGACAAACAAAUUACUACGGAUUUUGUUGAGGUACUGAAACGCUCGUGCCGUCCUAUGGGCAUCAACGUUCAUAAUCCGGAAAUGGUGCGUUUACCGAACGACCGCACAGAUACGUACGUGGCGGCAUUGAAGAAGGUCAUCUCGAACCAACUGCAGUUGGUAGUGGCCAUCUGUCCAACUUCCAGGGACGAUCGGUAUGCGGCUAUUAAGAAGAUUUGUUGCGCCGAUAAUCCUAUACCUUCUCAGGUAAUUAAUGCGCGAACCAUAAUGAACCAGCAAAAAGUGCGUUCCGUCACUCAAAAGAUCCUUCUGCAGAUCAACUGCAAGCUCGGCGGUACACUGUGGAACAUUGCUAUUCCAUACAAGACUGCAAUGGUCAUCGGCAUUGAUUCGUAUCAUGAUGUAGGCAGAAAGAGACGUAGUGUAUGUUCCUUCGUAGCAUCUUACAAUCAAACAAUGACGCAUUGGUACUCCAAGGCUGUGUUCCAAGAGCAGGGUCAGGAAAUCGUGGACAGCCUGAAAUCCUGUUUGGUCGACGCUCUCAAGCAUUACCUGAGGACUAAUGGAAAGUUUCCCGACCGAAUUAUAAUAUACAGGGAUGGUGUCGGCGAUGGGCAGUUGAAGCAGAUUCAACAAUACGAGAUACCACAAAUGCAAAUUUGCUUCACGACCAUGGAUGCGACGUACAAGCCCACGCUGACCUACGUGGUGGUACAAAAACGGAUAAACACCAGGAUCUUUAUGAAAGUUAGCGGCGGGUUCGAAAACCCUCAUCCAGGGACGGUUGUUGACCACGCUGUCACCAGGCGAGAUUGGUACGAUUUUCUAAUCGUAUCACAGAAAGUGAACCAAGGCACCGUGACGCCGACACAUUACGUCGUCAUUCAUGACGACAGCGGCAUGACGCCGGACCAGUGCCAAAGGUUAACGUACAAAAUGUGUCAUUUGUACUACAACUGGCCUGGUACGGUCCGCGUGCCAGCACCCUGCCAGUACGCCCAUAAACUGGCAUACCUCGUCGGCCAAAGUAUACACCAACAGCCGUCUGAAGUAUUGGCAGAUAAGUUGUUCUUCUUGUAAAAAAAAUAUUUAGUAUUUGCAUUGAAUCUGGCGUGAACAUGUUAUACUAUUUGAAUUCUAUAUUGUAUAUCAGUAAGUAAUAAAAUUUCUUAUGUUCUUGGAAGAAGUAUAUUUAAAUUUUAUAUACAUCUAAUAUACUUCUGUAAAUUAAAAACUAAUAUAUUUUCCAAAUCAAAUUUUUACAAAUAAUAAAAAAGCGGAAAUUAUGCGUAAUAUACGCAUUAUUAUUGUAAAAAUGAUCGUGAAGUACAUACAAUAUUUGUUUUGUUUUUAUUUUUUUAUUUUCUAUAUGUUAAUAUGUUUGCGCCAGUUUGCACUGAUAUAUAGAUUAAUCUGUAAGAUUUUUAGUUCAACAGCUGAAAGGCUUUGAUCGAAGCUCAAAUAUUUGGUCUAUUUUUGAUAAUUCUCGUUUCUAAAAUCUACCUCAAAUUGUUUGAUAAAUUAGUAUGUAUAGUAUCUUAGCAUAGAUUUUGGUGCUAUACAUUGUAUCUUGUAAAUAGAAUAUUAUCUGAAACACAAUAUGAUGUUCGUAAUAAUAGACAUAAUAUGUACAUUGAAAUUAUUAUGUCUCAUUGUGUUGUGUGUACGGGUUUGUGGUGUGACUUUUGUUGCAACAGAAUUGAGAUCAAAUCAAAGUUAUCGUAAAAUAUAUGUCUAUGUCGUGGUCAAAUCGUAGAAUUAAUCACUUCAUGAUGUGGCCGACUAUUUGACCAUUAUAUUUAUGGUUGUCUUUCGUGAAAUGGAUUUCAUGAAAUGGUGCCAACAAUCAUGAUAUAGUUUGACAGAUCAAUGAAUAAUCAGUUUUCGCCAAUAUGAAAAGCUAAACGCAUGGCUAUUAUAUCUAUGGUCAAACAUUACCGACCAUAUCGUUAAAUAGUUACAUUACCCACCGUUAGAGGCGCUAAUAUUAUUUUGUUUUUGUAAUGGAUCAUGGCGGCGAGCGAUUAUUCUGAUUAAAUAUUUAAUAAUAAUGUUGAUUGAAGAUAAAAGUGAAGUGAAAGAUGUUUACUGUUAGUAUUGUUGUAUCAGUAAAUUUUUGAAUUUACUAACAUGAAAGUUGGCGAAUGUAAUGAUUUUAUAUAUAUAAAAAAAAGAUCAUCUAAUCCAAGCUUAACUUACUUUCUAACCAUGAGUACAUAAAUAAACAUAUUUUAAUUGUAUGUCUAUAUUUAUCUAAUUUUACGAAAGUCACUCAAAUUUCAUACAUACAUUAAUGAUAUGGGCAAACAUGGAUUGGACACAUUAAAUGCUGACAUUAAAACUAUACAGUCAAAUUUAUCUGGCUAUAUCAUGAACAAGUCGGUCAACAUUAUGAAGUAAUCAAUACUACGAUCUAGCCGCAUCAUAUAUAUAGUCGAAUAUAUGUUACCUUGCCUUGUUAUUUUACAUCUAUUUAAUAUGAUAUCGAUUUGAUCUCUAUUUGAUUAUCUUAAGUGGCACUCCACAGUUUCGUAUCCUAUGUUCGUAAUGAUGCUAUGGCCAGAGAAAAAGAAGAGUAGAUUAAUUUCAGCCGUUUAGACCUUAUUUUCUAUUAAUCGUUGUGUGCGAGCGAGAUUGACGAAUACAUCAUCAGGACCAUCUUAUUUAGAAUUUAAAUAAAUGGUAUAUUUUAAAAUAGCUUAUAAUUUCAUGAAUUCGGACAUCCUGAUGUCCAAAUUAUAUUUUUUUUCACUUGGCAUAUUAAUUUAGUAAAUAAUAUUGGUAUGUCUUUUUUCAAAUUAACAGUGUAAAAAUAAACAUUACUCGUUUUUUUAAUAUUGUCUAAUAUGAUUUUUAGGGCAAAUUUAUUUUUAAAUUACCUAUUUAAAAAAUAUUAAUUGUGUUAAAAAUGAUUUAAAUAUCUAUAUUAAGUAUAAAAAAACCAAGCACAUAUAAAAGUUAUAAAUAAAACAGUUACUGUAAUAAACAAUUUCUAUCGAAUUAUCGACCUAAUUGGUCAUAUUCAUAUAUAAAAAUUAAAAUUUGUUUAAAUUAUUCGCAUAGUUAAGUACUCAGACAUUCGUUCGUGUGAAGUAAUUCCAUUGAUUAUUGGCAGACUAUGCUCGCAGGUAACGAGCGAGAGCUCCCUCGAUUGUGUACUCAGUAGUCUGAGAUACUGUAACAGCGUGCAUCAUACGUUGCUUUACGCUUUUUAUCCGCCUUAUGAAUAUAAUCUACUCUUUUUUUUUCUCUGUUAUAAUGGUAUAAUUAUAAGAAUCUAUUAAAGAUGCUUCUGUAAAGGAAUAUCGAAUAAAAAAUAUUUUCAUGACAUGGAAACAGUAUUAUAUUGUUCAUUUAACUAAAUUAAUUUCUAUUUUAUAUAAGAAUCUGUACUUUGUAUGUAUAAGAAUCAUUUUGUGUAAAAUUUCAUUUUAUCCAUCUAAUUUUUCAGAUCAAAACGUUAACUCAUAUAAUAAAUGUAUUAUUUGAGACUCAUUUAUGGCAAUUUAAAUUAAAGACGAACAUUAAACAUCUAUUAUAAGUAAAUCUAGUUAAGUUAUUGUAAAAUAAUUAAUAAUUAAUCUUGAAUUAAUUAUUAAUUAAUUUUGUCAUACCACAAAUAAAUUUAUUAUUAGGCAUAAAAGAUAGAUUAGCCUAUGUCUGACUUGGUACUUGCCUCUUUCUAUUUUUAAAUUGUUAAAUCCAUGUCAUUAUUAUUACACUGACAUUUUAUCCAUAUGUCCAAACCACCGAAUGACAAUACCGAUGGAGCUAGUCAUUUUAGGCACCAAGUCUUUACUGAUUAUUUGAUUAGAAUUAUUUUGUUUAAUUUUGCUACCAUUAGCUUGUGUGCGAUUGCCAAAACUCGAAGAAUGAUUACUAUUAUUGCCAAAAGUUCGACAACCUUCCAUUAGUCAUAUACGCACGUUUUGUGACACGUGUUUCACUUCUAAACGAGGCCUCUUCAGGCAAAUUAUUAGAUUGCUACUCUAAGCCUAGUGUUAACAGUUUGACACCAAAAUAGCCGACGAAACGUGCAUGGACGAAAUGACAGUUGGAGAUUGAUGGCUAGUAUGGAAGGUUGUGGAACUAAUAGUAGUCAAUUUUCGCGUGUUGGCAGUCACACACAUACUAAAAGUAGCGGAAUUAUAAUCGAAUAAUUAGUGAUAUGGACUUCCGCAAAAUAACUCCUAGUUCAGUAAAAUACCUAGUCUUUAUUUAUAAUAUUGUGAUCUUAGAUAGAUAGAUAGAUACUCUUUAUUGUUCCCUCCAAAAGAUUACAAUAGUAAACUUAUUAUAAAUAUAAAUAAUUACAAGAAAUAAUCACAAUGAGGAAACAAUGGGCGACCUUAUCGUUUGUGAUUGUAUAUCGGAUUCAUUCAGUGUUUUUAAUUGUGAGUAAAUUGUUAAUUGCAAUCUUGUAAUAAUUGAUAAGUAACAGUUGUGAAAAUAUUAACAGAUUCUUUGAUUCUAGUAAGUGCCCUUUUAACUAGAAAUAUGUUAGCAGUUUCUAUGUGUGUCCCGUGUGCGAUGAAAUAACACAUUUCUAUUCGCGAUUCCGAUUGUUGCAGUCAUGUUUUUUACACGGCUGUGGUUUCUUGGACCAUAAUAAUUAUCUGAAUUUUUGCGAUAAAAAUGAUAUUUUUUUUUAAAUAGAGAAUUGUCACAAAAAUAUAAAGUUUCGCGUUUAUAAUAUUAAUCAUUAUAAGGAUGUAAUAUAAAUGACAAUUAUUGCGUCCCCAUAGAAACAAAAAUCUCGAAAAGCUCAUUUAUACUAGAUCUAGACUUUUAUAUAAAAUUAUUAUGGAAAAUAUAUUUUUGAACAAAAAUGGAAAUUUCAUAAAAAAAUAAAUAAAAAUCCGGAAAUUAAUGCAGGGUUCAAGAAUAAAGCAUCUAUUUAUGAAUAUGGUACAAAUGUAUUUAUAUAUUUUGGUAGUUUUCAUAGUUUAAUUUUUUUAUAUGGUCAAGCCGUAAAGUUAUUACUAAACAUGUCAUUAGAAACUGAUAACCUUAUCGCAUACAGUAAGGCAUUUAUAUAUUUUUUUUAUUUUAAAUGUAAAUAAAAUCGGAAUAAGUACUUACACGACCAUAAGUACUUAAUUACAUACUAAUUACGUACUAAUUACGACCAUAAGGCGAUAUUCAUUAAUUUUUAUUGAGUUCUUUUUUUUAUUUUGGCUAGAUUUUGGUUAUAGCAAAAUAACAGCGUUAUGCUCUUUUGAGAGGAAAGCAAUAAACAGAGUUGUGACCAUUUUGUGUUACAGUGGCACAUGCACGAAAUAAAAAAAAAAAACUUUUUUUUUUGUAUAUGUAUUCUUUUUUUGUGUAUAUUUAUGUUCUGUAAAUAAUGCAAAUAAAUUAUAUAUCUAUCUAUUUUUCUGCCUGCCCUCUAUUGAUAUACGGGAAGACUAUCUUUCUUUACUUGAGUUUUUUUUAUUUAAAUUUAUUUAAGAAAUUGAUUUUGCUUAAAAAAACAAAGAUAUGAUAUGUCAAUAGUCAGUGUAAAUCUCAUGUAAACGCAUGAGAUUUACAUCUCAUCUAUAGAGCAGGGAUGUUUCUAUUAAGGGAAUUUCGAAAAACGACCCAGUUUUCUAUAGUUACGGUUCUGUUUACGAUUUUGACGAUGAAUCUCUAAUGUUGAAAGAGCUUUAACAUAAGAAUAGUCUUGUCUUUAAACAUAUUUUGUAAUAAUCGCUGUAAAUCUGAUUUACUUUUUACAUGGCCACAAACCGAGAAAAUAAAUUUUUUCAUUGUUAAAUAGUAAAAAUCAUGAAAUUUUAUGGUCUUACUACUACUAAUGUUUUAUGACUUAUGUUUUUUUUUUUUUUAAUUAAUGGAAAUAGAAUAGUAACUUUGUGUUGGAUGUAUGGUUUACGGUGACGGAGUACCAGUGUAGUAGGUGAGAAUGAAAUGAGAUUAGUUGAUCAGGGAAUUAACCAGGAUAGACAGAUAGAUAGAUACUCUUUAUUGUUUCCUCCAAAAGAUUACAAUAGUAAACUUAUUAUAAAUAUAAACAAUUACAAGAAAUAAUCGCAAUGAGAAAACAAUGGGCGAUAUUUUAGGUUACUCUUAAAAUAAAUUCUAAUAGAUUGGUAUUGAAAUUGAGACGUUUCGCACUCUCGAACUGCAACACUAGUGACAUAAUGGUUCCAAAUUGUUCUGAUAGAUGCAUAUUUAUGUAAUUCGUCAAUGCAAGCUAUUGUAAAUCGAUUCUAAUUAUAAACUGAUUCUGUUUUUUUAUAAGUGCAGUAUAAAAUUGCCAUUGGCAAUAGAUUAAAUUGAUAUUUAUAUUCGAUUCAAUAGGAGACUUGCUGAUUGGAUAGAUUAAAACAUGCCCUCCCUUUCCCUCAUUGCAAUUAGACAUUGCAAAUCUCUGGGAUUCUACAGAGCAUACCUUAAGUAUGGCUGCUAUGAGAAAAAAUUGAGGAUCAGAGAAAAUUGUCUAUAGUACAUUAAUGUACAUACAGAUAUUGUAAUAAAUAAGUACCAUUUAGUGUCUCAACGUAGCAUUAUAUCGUAUUUAGUGAAAUAUUUUGCUUUACGGAUAUGCACAACGUAAUAUUUUAUAUUUUGUUUUCUGCGAUCAUAGAAAGCGUCCCUAAUACAAUAUAGUAAAAUAGGAGCGUGGUCUGUUUGGGUCGCUAUGAUAGGCUAAUAGAUUUGUUUUUUUUAUUUAUUACCAUUUGGGGAAGUAGUUAAUUUUUUUUUGUUUAUUUUAUCUCACAACUUUUUUGAGUACAAUGAAACAUUUAAAGUAGUACCAUAGAUACAUGAAAGUUGUAGAGAACUGGUGCCCAAACUGGGUAUCCUAAGAACCCGUAUCACAAGUCACCAGGACAAAUUUUGUUUUCAUAUUUCCGAAUUGUACAGAAUAUGAUAUUUACAUAGUUUUUAAAAUAAGGAUACUUUUAAUUGAACAUGAUGCUUUGGUAUCCGAAGUUGUUCAUGAGCUAGUAUUAAAUAAGAGAGAGAUGUUUUAUUACUCACGGUCUUACUACAAAAAAAAAUAUUUUAAAACAUUGUCUAAACAGUGUUCAAUAAAACUCGUAAGUGAUUAAAUACUGUUUAGACAAAAUUGUGUUUGUAAUAAUGUUUAUUUGUAAUAUUAUAUGCCAAAGUAUUAUAGAUUAUUAUAUUGCCUUAAACACUUUUGUAGUUAGGCGUAUAAAUAUGUAUUCAAAACCUGUUUAACAGAAGUUUUAAUUUUUUUAUGAUUAAGACUGUUAUUAGAUUUAGAGAUUUAUAUUUUUAUUACAUCAAAGGGCUAAGGAUUAUAGGAGGAUAAUGAUUUAUAAAACUAAGGGGAUAAGGAUUUAUAAUUGUAAACAGUAGAAAAUAUUAAAAUAACAUAUCACGACAUGAGGAACCUUUUACAUCUGAGUAAUGAUUAUUUUUACAAUCAAAAUACUAUUAAAUAAUUAUUGAUACAGUUUCUUAUAUAAUAUUGUACGGCAUACAACAAUAUGUAUUUACACAGACAGUUCAAAAUUAUACAUCAAGUCAAUUUCAUACAAUUAAUCGUCAUCACAUUCUAAUUUUAAAUACAUUUAAAUAAAAAAUAAUAAUAAUUGUCAGGCAAGAAUAAAAGAACGAUGUCACAAUGACGUUAAUAAAUAUAAAUAAAUAUUCCUUUUGUCAAAUUUUAUCAUUAAAGAAUUCAUAUAUAUUGUAAUAACAUUUAUCGAUUAAGAUUUUUUUAAACUUAAUAUGUUUAUUUUCAUGACUAGAUCAAUAAUUUUCAUGACUAACUUAGUAUACACAUAUAUGAUUCAUUGCAUAUCGGCGUAUAUAGGAUCCAAUGCGUCCCAAAGACAGCAGAAUCCUCUUCUCGCGUUACUCUGCACAACUGUAUAUUAAUGAAACUGUGUAAAUCUUAUUUUGUUGUCCACAUGUCCCACGAACUCUAUAUUGAGCGUCAUCAUUAAGUUUACAUUAUUGUUAAGUAAUAUAAAUUUUCACGUCCACCUACUUUCCUCAUGUUUCUCAAUAUCGCGCUUAAACAACGCUUACUAUUUAAUUACGCUAUGUAACUACUACAGGUUUUCCGUCACCUGUAUCCAAUAGCGAGGACGGGAUGCUUUAAAUACUGUAUUGUAAGCCACAAAAAAAUUACUAAUACUUGUGUGGGAGUGUCGCAAUCUCAAGAAUUUCUAGACCACCUUUGUUGUAUAUGAAUGACUGACUAGUUUAUAAUUUGCGACAUGGUAGUUUAUCUUAAAAAUACUAUAAAGGACAACAUAAUUUUGUAAAAGUACUGUUAAAGUAUGAGAUUAUUAAUGUUGUUUUAUUUAGUUGUUUCGUUUAUAUGAUUUUUAAUUUGUUAGGUUACUGCAUUAUAAGUAUUAAUAAUUUUCCUUCGCCGUGGUUUUGAUAGGAAUCUCCAAUACCAUAUAUAAUUAUUGCAAUAAUAAAUAAUUAAGUAUGAUUUACAAGUGAUUUAGACCAUAGAGCAUUCAUAGGCUACAGUGUAAACAGGAUUAGUGUCAGCGCCAACUGACAGCAGUUGCGGCCAUCUGAAAACGACUCGUACAUCUGUAUGCCUGUACAAGGUCUACGAUCUUUCAUCCUUGUCAUCUUCAUCAUCUGGUUCUUUGAUAUAAUUGUGACUUUAUAACUUGAGGAUGUUUGUCAUGUAGAUUCACUCGUCUUGGGGAAGAUGAGUAGAGAAUUUCGCUCGUCUAAAAUUGCAAUGUAUCACCACUUCGUCAUAGUGCCGGAGCACAAGUUUGCUUUCGCGUUUUAUCGCAACUCAAUAUAUUUAAGGACCGUACUUGUAACACUGAGCUCUCAAUUGGUUUCAUCCAUAUUCACAGAUUUUAAUAAGAUAGGUAUUCAUUGUAAUUAUGUACUUCUCCUAGAAUAUAUUAUCGAACUAAAAGAAUUGUUUUGCAAAUAAAGGCAAUUUUUUUAUACAACUUAACAAACAAUCGCAAACAAGCUGUCUGAAAUGAUCGUGUUUAAAAGAAUUUGUUUGAGUAAACCUUCUCAAGGAGUUCAUUCCAUAACUUUAGCAUUCGUGGGAAGUAGCUAUAUAAAUAAUAUAUGUAUACAUACAUUCCAAUAUAUUACGUGUAAUUUGUUUAUUUAAUAAACAAUAAAUAUUGAAUAGUUUGUGCAUAACAGUUUUAAAUGAGAAUAUUUUCUUGUUUUAAUCUUUUUAUCGCAAUAUUUUUCAGUAGUUGGGUGUUAACUUUUCGAAUUUUUAUAAGAUUAAACAAGAAGGACUAUAUUUUGAGUAUUAAUGCUAUCUUAUAAGCUAUUCAGUUAUGUUGUACUAAUAGAUAUACACAAUAAUAUUAGAGCCAGUUGUUUUUUUAUUUUCUUUUUUAUCCAGAAUGUACAAUUUGAUAAACCAUUUCCAUCUUCUUGCCUAUGACCUUUGUUAUUCGAGGAUCGAUUCUUUGCUUCUAGAUUUUUGCCCUUAACAACUCUAUUAAUGGCUUGAUUUGGAGAAAAAAUAUUUGACAUUUGGGUAAAAAUCUAAUAUCACAUAUGACAACCUUGCUUUUAACCGAGCACGGGCCUUUGCCAAAGGAGGCUUACAGUUUUCUACAUUGGUAAGAUGGUAUUUUUUUGCUGUGGUAACCCCGCCUCCGCUAUUAGUAUACGCUGGUGGGGCACAAGUGGAGUGGUAAAUGAGGAUGAAAACAGGUUAAUAAGCCAAUUGUCAUGAAUUUAUCAGGAAUUAACUGUAAUAGUUUCUGAUCUGAUAGAGUAUGUUACUAAAAAUGGAGUUGGCUAGAUGGAUUGAAGUUUUUCUUUAUAUUUUAUUAUUGCUUUAUUCCAUUUGUUCCGUAGUCACUUACGAUGUGCUGGGGAUAAAAAGUAUACUUCCGUGUUGAUUAUAAUUUAUCAAAUUCGUCAUGACUCUGUAUGGUCUUGGAGAUUUUUUAUUUAAUUAUUGAAAUAAUAACAUUUCAAAGAAAUAUAUCUUCUAUAUUUUAUUGAUUUGUGCAUUGCUGUCUUAACAUAGUAAGAUCCAUGUCACUUGAUAAUAAUAAUGAUCUAAUGAUCAUUAGAAAACAGUGAUUUGUCUUUCCAAUUCACGUAUUUUGAUUGUGAUUUUAUAAAUGUCAUUAUUUCGUACGAAAUUCCAAGUUUUAGGUUUAUAUCUAAGAAGUAUCCUACCGAUUUAUUUACUGUUAAGUUCGUUUUGUUUAUUUAGUGAUAAGUGUUGUAUUUUCAAUUGGAAAAUAUUGUUUCGACAAAUAAAAGAUGAUCA